AUGCCAGCACCUUUGGAAUUACCUGAAGCAACGAUACAGCAAGUCGAUGAAACCGAGAUCAACCAUAACAACACUGAUGGUAUUUUGCCUGAAACUGGUAUUCCAAAAAGCGAUAUGGAUUAUGCUCUUCAAUUCAAUCAGUCGGUAGAAAUAAUGAAUUGGAAAGAAUGUUAUGAAAAUGGGAAGAAGGAUGGAUAUUUCAGCACUUAUACCGCACCAGCAAGUUUAAAGAGAGCGUUUUAUAAAAAAAAAAAAGCCUAAUGAGGAAUAAUAGUUGAGAGGGCAAACCAACCAAAAGAAGUUUAUGUCAGUUUAUAUCAAAAAUACAGUGAGUUUGCCAAAGAAAACCUCAGUACGUUUUUCCUUUGAAAUGAGUAUGAUAUUUUUUCAAUAAAGAGGGUGCUAGUAAGUUUGUUGAUGAGCAACGAGAGGAAUUAACCGCCUUAGUUGAAGAGUAGUCAUUACGCUUGAAAAAGUUGACAAAUAUUACCGAAAAAUAUUAAGAAUCAGGAGGUUCAAAUUAAGACAACUCCUGCCGACACUAUUACGGAAGAGAUCACGUCGCAGAAGGAACGAAAC